AUGUUGAACUUGGAGAGCUCGAAUUUGUCACUUGAGAAAACCCUCAGGGAACUCUUCACCACCGAAAAGCUGGUGUCAAUCGAUAGAAUUGUCUCCGAUUUCGAUAACACCCUUUUCCAUAUCUCGACCCCUGAUCCCGCAGAAAAGACCAAGAUUGUGUUGUCAAUAUUCUUGAAAUGUUAUAACGACUUGGUCAAAUACGGGGAUGUUGACAGUUACUUGCGCAAUGCCUAUAAUGACUCCCAAUGGUACACGGUGUUGGACCAGCCGGAAGACGGGUACAAUUUCUCGAUUUUUAUCGAUCUACAACAAAUAUCCACCACGGUGUUGGCAUCGCCAGAAGAAAUGGAAUCUUUGAUUGCCAAACUCAGUCUUCUUAAAAGAAACGCCCUUGCCGCGCCAUUCGAUGUGGCGUUCAAAAGAUACGACGUGUUGGCACAAGAGGCUGCGGUUAAGAAUGUCGAUUUAUACGUCCCUGAAGAAAACUCCGAGGAAGCUACUUCGGUGAUCAAUUAUCGUGAAGACGAAACCAUUUAUAUCCGCCCAUCCCAUGAUAGAGUCACAGUGAUCUUCACCGCGUUGUUCAAAGAUGAAACCGACAAAAUUUUUGGUAAUGUGUUUUUACAAGAGUUUGUCGAUGCCAGAAAAAGAUCGAUCCAAAACGCCCCGCAAGUGUUGUUUUCUCCGUAUGAACCACCUUUGGAGUUACGUGGCUUGCCAGAGUUCCAAAACUUCAAUUAUGGCCAGCAAUCAGCAACUUCAAAAUACGACAAGGGGUUUGUCACUUUUGUGUUGUUCCCUCGUCAUUUGGUGCCACAAAAGAGAGAAAACACCAUCACCCAAAUCCAAUUGUUCAGAACAUACUUCCACUACCACAUCAAGGCAUCCAAGGCCUACUUGCAUUCAAGAAUGAGAAAGAGAGUAUUAGAAUAUCUCAAGAUCUUGAACAGAGCCAAACCAGAUCAAGAAGAAAAAGAUAUUGAGAGAAAGACUGCUAGCGGUAGAAGAUUUGUGCAAAGAAUUUAG